UGACUCAGGACCCUGGUGGCUGGGCCCCCAGCUCCAUGAGAUCUUUGUUUGCUCGGCCUUUGGCUCUGGCCUUCUCGCCUGAGGCCGUCAGAGGAUUUCCUGAGCCUCGCCCUUGCCUUCUAACAGCCAGCCAGGCCAGCUGGCCCAGCUGUGGGGUGGGGGGUCCCUGAGCUGGGUAGCUACCUUUCCACGGGGCUCAGGAGAUGGAUGGAAGAGAGCCUGGGCCUGGCCAGCGGCCUCCCAAGGACGAGAAAGAGGUGAUUCGCAGGGCCAUCCAGAAGGAGCUGAAAAUCAAGGCGGGCGUGGAGAACCUGCGUCGUGUGGCCACAGACCGCCGCCACCUGGGCCACGUGCAGCAGCUGCUACGGUCCUCCAACCGCCGUCUGGAGCAACUGCAUGGCGAACUGCGGGAGCUGCACGCCCGUGUUCUGCUGCCGGGCCCGGCUGAACCUGUGGCCUCAGGACCCUGGCCACCGGCAGAGCAGUCAAGAGCUCGGCACCUGGAGGCUCUACGGAGACAGUUACAGGUGGAGCUGAAGGUCAAGCAGGGGGCUGAGAACAUGAUCCACACGUGUGCCAGUGGCACCCCCAAGGAGAGGAAGCUCCUGGCAGCUGCUCAGCAGAUGCUGCGGGACAGCCAGCUGAAGGUGGCCCUGCUGCGAAUGAAGAUCAGCACCCUGGAGGCCAGUGGGUCCCCUGAGCCAGGCCCUGAGCUGCUGGCAGACGAGCUGCAGCACCGAUUGCGCAUCGAGGCUGCGGUGGCCAAGGGUGCCAAGAACGUGGUGAAGCUGCUGGGUAGCCGGAGAACACAGGACCGCAAGGCUCUCGCAGAGGCCCAGGCCCAGCUCCAGGAAUCCUCCCAGAAACUUGAUCUCCUACGGCUAGCCUUGGAGCAGCUGCUGGAAGGUCUCCCUCCUGCCCACCCUCUACGCAGCAGGGUGGCCCGAGAGCUGCGAAUGGCUGUGCUUGGGAACCCCCAGCCUUCAGGGACACUUGUGAAACCUACCGCCCUGACAGGGACAUUGCAGGUGCGCCUCCUGGGCUGUGAGCAGCUGCUGACAGCUGUGCCUGGACGUUCUCCGGUGGCCGCACUGGCUGGCAGCCCCUCUGAGGGCUGGCUUCGCACGAAGGCCAAACAGCAGCGUGGUGGUGGCAGUGAGCUGGGCAGUGAGGUGCUGGCCGUGUUAAAAGUGGACAACCGUGUGGUGGGCCAGACAGGCUGGGGACAGGUGGCUGAGCAGUCCUGGAACCAGACGUUUGUCAUCCCCCUGGAGCGAGCCCGUGAGCUGGAGAUUGGGGUGCACUGGCGGGACUGGCGGCAGCUAUGUGGCGUGGUUUUCCUGAGACUUGAGGACUUCCUGGACAAUGCCUGUCACCAACUGUCCCUCAGCCUAGUGCCACAGGGGCAGCUCUUCACCCAGGUGACCUUCUGUGACCCUGUUAUUGAGAGGAGACCCCGGCUGCAGAGGCAGAAACGCGUUUUCUCUAAACGCAGAGGCCAGGACUUCCUGAGGGCCUCCCAGAUGAACCUCAGCAUGGCAGCCUGGGGGCGCUUGGUCAUGAGUCUCCUCCCCCCGUGCAGCUCACCAAGCACAGUCAGCCCCCCCAAAGGGGGCCCUCAGACCCCCGCUGCACCCCGAGGCGCUUCCGACCUUGCUUCCCCAAGUAAUUUCCUGCCCAAGAAGAGCCCCUUGGGGGAAGACAUGAAGCCCCCACCCAAGCCCCCGCGCCUCUUUCUGCCCCAGGAGCCAACUCUGGAGGAGACUCCGUGCACCAAACGCCCCCACAUGGAGCCUCUGACAGGACUUGUGUCCAUCCCAGCUGCUUCACCCGCCAGGAAACCCCCUCGACUUCAGGACUUCCGCUGCUUGGCCGUGCUGGGCCGGGGACACUUUGGGAAGGUCCUUCUGGUCCAGUUCAAGGGGACAGGGAAAUACUUUGCCAUCAAGGCACUGAAGAAACAGGAGGUGCUAAGCCGAGACGAGAUUGAGAGCCUGUACUGUGAGAAACGAAUCUUGGAGGCCGUGGGGCGCACUGGGCACCCCUUCCUGCUAUCCCUCCUUGCCUGCUUCCAGACCUCUAGCCAUUUCUGUUUUGUGACUGAGUUUGUGCCCGGGGGUGACCUCAUGAUGCAGAUCCAUGAAGAUGUCUUUCCUGAGCCGCAGGCCUGCUUCUACCUGGCCUGUGUGGUCCUGGGGCUGCAAUUCCUACAUGAAAAGAAGAUCAUUUAUAGGGACCUGAAGUUGGAUAAUCUUCUGCUUGAUGCCCAGGGUUUCCUGAAGAUCGCAGACUUUGGGCUGUGCAAGGAAGGGAUUGGCUUUGGGGACCGAACAAGUACCUUCUGUGGAACCCCAGAGUUCCUGGCUCCCGAGGUGCUGACCCAGGAGGCCUACACACGGGCUGUGGACUGGUGGGGGCUGGGCGUGCUGCUCUACGAGAUGCUGGUGGGUGAGUGCCCAUUCCCAGGGGACACAGAAGAGGAGGUAUUUGACUGCAUAGUCAAUUCAGAUGCCCCGUACCCCCACUUUCUGUCAGCACAAGGGCUCGAGCUCAUUCAGAAGCUCCUCCAAAAGUGUCCAGAGAAGCGCCUGGGGGCAGGAGAGCAGGAUGCCGAGGAGAUCAAGGUCCAGCCAUUCUUCAGGACCACCAACUGGCAGGCUCUGCUCGCCCGCACUGUCCAGCCCCCCUUCGUGCCUACCCUCUGUGGCCCUGCAGACCUGCGGUAUUUUGAAGGCGAGUUCACUGGGCUUCCACCAGCUCUGACACCUCCUGCCCCUCGAAGUCCCCUCACUGCCCGCCAACAGGUUGCCUUCCGGGACUUUGACUUUGUGUCGGAGCGAUUCCUGGAGCCCUGAAGCUCCUGCAGCACCUCUGUAUCCCGGACUGGUAGACCCCGACUUGGUCAUCUGCACACCCUGC